AUGUUACAAGCAAUCAAAUACAGCCAGGGCCACCUGGAAAUCCUGGACCAACUGCAACUGCCUUUUGUUGAGAAGUUCAUUCCUAUUCAGACGGCCGAAGAUGGAUGGAAUGCGAUCAAGGAGAUGAAGGUCCGAGGCGCACCCGCCAUUGCGAUCGUGGCAAUGCUUGCGCUUGCCUCGGAACUGCACUCGCUCGGCGCCGCGAACAAGAUUCCCACGUCGCCCGAGGAAGCGCAAACGUUGAUUGCCCAGAAACUCGACUAUCUCGUCACCAGCCGCCCGACCGCCGUCAACCUGGCCGAUGCGGCGCAGAAGCUGGGUACGGCGGUGACAACACAAGCGGGGCAGUUGGGGGCCACUGGCCAGAGUGUGGUGGCUGUCUUCAUUCAGGGCGCCGAGGAUAUGCUGGGCAAGGACCUGGACGACAACCAACGCAUCGGACACAACGGUGCGGAGUGGAUCAUGGCUCAUGCCGCGAAGCCCGGAGCUGCGGAUGUCGCGGUUCUGACGCACUGCAACACCGGCUCUCUCGCCACUUCGGGCUACGGCACAGCUCUCGGGGUGAUUCGCUCCCUCGCAUCAAAGAACGUCCUACGCCACGCCUACUGUUCAGAGACAAGACCCUACAACCAAGGCUCGCGUCUGACGGCAUUUGAAUUGGUUCACGAUAAGAUUCCUGCUACACUGAUCACGGAUUCCAUGGCGGCGGCAUUGCUGGCGAACGCCCAGGUUGGGGUGAACGCCAUCGUGGUGGGCGCAGACCGAGUUGCCGCCAACGGAGACACAGCCAACAAGAUUGGUACCUACAGCCUGGCAGUCUUGGCCAAGCACCACGGAGUGAAAUUCCUCGUCGCUGCACCACGCACCACCAUCGAUCUGGCGACCAAAUCAGGAAGCGAUAUCGUCAUUGAGCAACGUCCCGCGUCGGAGAUGACCAGCAUCAAGGGUCCCCGUGCUGGCGCAACGGCUGUUGAGGGCAGCGUGACCUUGGAGACCGUCUGCAUCGCGGCUCCGGGAAUAAAUGUGUGGAACCCGGCAUUUGAUAUCACCCCAGCGGCCCUGAUCGACGGGAUCAUCACGGAGGUUGGGGUGGUGGAGAAGGGACCCGACGGUCAGUUCCACAUGGGCGGGCUGUUCAACGGCUCGGUUCCUCGGGGCUGA